AACUUCACGAUCGUCUCCCUAUUUUUGUCCUCGCCAGCCGUACCAAACAAACUCACCCGUGAGCUUCCCUCGAAAGAUCAAGGGUUUAAUCCCAAGAGACUGUAAAAUCUUGGAACUGGGUAUCUAUGUAUAGGGAUUUGUCUAUGCGCCCGCGCUAAUUCUCUAGCUCGUCAGCCCCUGCCGUGCCUGCUUGCUCACCCCAACGCUGUCAUAUGCCCUGACCUCAUUUGUACACUUGGGUACCGUUUCACACCUGCCGUGCCUAGACUAUCCCGCGACGUAUACCGGGCCAUGUGUCUUCCUCUUGCAUAUCUAGCCUUGCUUGAUUUUUUCUACACCUGGGACAUUGCUGCGUACGUGCCAUGUUUGCCUGAGAAUCAAGGCUCGAAUAAUCCACAACGGCUUUUGCCAUCACCGUUCCCUGAUCUUGUACCUCCCCGCCAACUCAUUGCCCUUCACAGCCCCUCUUUCCCCUCCACUUUAACCGUGGCUGUGGAAGAGGGUCCCCUUGUCAUCAUCGCACCCAGGCCCCCCCACUGCCUCUUUCAUACUUAUGACGCUAACCUGGUAGCUCUCUUCGCCUUGCCUUCCAGUCACACCAUAUUCCGUUCCUUAUUUCCGUUUGAACGCAUCUUUUUGGUCGCUCGAGCGACACACACAUCUUUUCGAAACAAACAAACAAACAACUUUUUAUUUUUAUUUUAUUUUUUUUUACAACAAGCCCAGUGAAAAUAGUUGCUGCACACUGCACCGCAUGGCCGGGUACGACUAUGAAGCCCCGCGGCGCUCCAGCCGGCGCGAGUACGUUCGCGAGGAGCGUUACGAUGACAGAGAUCCCCGGUACCUUGAUGCUACUGAGAUGAGAGGCCACUCGGGCCGUGAGCUCGUGCCUCGUGGCCGAGAGGACAGCGAUUUGUCCAUCGAGGAGAUACGGCGCGAUUUCCCCAUGCCUGGUCAUGGUCAGUCGUACCGCGAUACUAGGAGGGCCAGGUCCGCCGAACCCGGUUGGGACGACUAUGAUGACCGCCGGUCGUACUACUCGCGCGAUCCCCGCGACAGGGACUAUGAUCGGUAUGACCGUGAUUAUGACCGUCGGUCAAGAAAGGAAGGAAGCGUGUACUACGAAGAGGAGAAAGAGAAGCGUCGUGCGCGCACCAUGUCCAAGCAAGAAAAGAUCAUCGCUGCCAUAGCCGGCGCUGCUAUCGCUGUCGGUGGCAAGGAGCUAUACGACCGCCACGAGGGCAAAGAAAAUGGAGGAGAGGUGAACCGAAACCCAGCCAUGUCUGCUGCCCUUGGUGCCGCCGGUGCACUUGCUGCAUACCAGGGUGCCGAAUUUUACAACAAACAUGCCGAGAAGGAAGACAAGAAGUCCACCAUGAUCGCGUACAAAGGCCGGGACGGUCAGAUGGUCAAGUACUAUGAGGAGGAGGAGGAGGACCCCAAGAAGAAGGAAGGUCACAAGAAUUUCCUUGAGAGCGCCCUAGCCGCCGCCGGUCUUGGUGGUGCCGUUAAGGCCCUGACCGGCGGUGGAGGAGAUGACAAGGACAAAGAAAGGGACCGUGAACGAGAUGGCAGAUCCGAAACACGCAGUCGCGCAGGCAGCAGGCCCCGGGGAAGCCGCUCAAGGUCUCGUUCCAAGUCGCCCGAGAAGAAAAACAAGAUUCAGCAGGCUGCUAUGGCCUCACUUAUCGCGGGCGCCACAGAAGCCUUCCGCGUUGCUAAAGAACCCGGUGGUUGGAAAGGAGAGAAGGCGAAGCGUGUUUUCACUGCCGCCGCUGGUGCCGCUACGAUUGAUGCUGCUCAGAACCCAGACAAGAACCAGAAACUGAGUCUUGCUGAGUCGGUCAUUGGUGGUCUUGUUGGCAACCGGGUCAUUCACGGAUCAAAGAAGAACAUUGAAGAAGAUAAGGCAACCGGUCGCUCUCGGUCUCGAUCAAGGGCAGCAAGAGAUUCCAGCAAGGAUGGCGGUGGCGGCAGCGGUGGUGUUACCGGCCUCGCUGCCCUGGCUACGGCCGGUCUGGGUGCUCUAGGAGCGAAGAAGAUCAUGGACGGCCGAAAGGAUGAUGACGAGGAUGGAAGAUCGCGCUCACGCUCUCGCCGUCCCCGCAGUCGCUCCUCUAGCCGCGGUGGUUCCCGCUCCCAAUCUCGCAAGGGAGUUCGUGCUCGCAGCCGAAGUGUUGUUGAUGGUGCUCGCCGCCGGCUUGCUAGGAUUGGUAUCGGCAACGGGCCUGAAGACGACAAGCGUAGCGACGUAGGGUCGCCACGGGGCUCGUCUCGCGGCGAUGGCCGGAGGAGACGCUACUCGGAUGAGUACGACGAUGAUCGCGAUCGGCGACGACACAGCCGAUCGCGAUCACGUGGUGGAGGAAGUCGACGAUACGAUGGAGCAUCGGACACGGACUUGGGUGACUCGGAUGACGAUAUGAAGGAGACAAAGAGGAAGAGAGCCCACAAUGUCUAUCAGAGCAUGGAGAAGCGCAAUGCACGGCAUGCGGCAGUCAAGGAUGGACGUCUGUCACCGGAAGAGGCAAAAAAGCUCAAGACCAAGGCACUUCUGCAAGAUGCGGCCUCAGUUGGCAUUGCUGCCCUGGGUGUCAAAGGCGCCAUCUCAGAAGUCAAGGAAGCCCACGAGAAGAGUAAAGAGCUUCAGGAGUGGAAGCAUGAAAGGCAACUUCGCCAUGAGCGCCGUCUGUCCCGCCUAGCUAGACAACGCGCCAUCCUUGAUCGCGAACACGAGGAUGAUCUGGAUCGCGACUAUGAGGCAGGGAGGGCAAGGAGCAGGGCAAGGAGCAGGGCGAGAACUGAGGAUGACGACUGGGCCCUCACUGCUGCUCGUCGUGGUAGCCGUGACCGGCGCCAUGAGUAUGAGGAUGGUCCCCGAUACAACGAUGGGAAUCCAUACACUAGUAACUCUUUGCCUGCACCUCCUGUUGGUUACGACUACGACGAUGAAGACCGCAGGAGGCGUUGA